AUGCUGAAGCAGCUAUCCCUCCUAGCCGCUUUCGGCUCACUUUAUUCACACUGCCUAGGGGUGGCUCUUACUUAUGAGUCCAGUCUUCCGUUAUGUAAACAACUCGACAAUGCAUUCGGAAGCGCUAUCAUCUUUCCUAAUGAUACGGAAUAUUCUACUUUAAGAACAGAGAAUUGGUCUCAAACUGCGUGGAAGACGCCGACCUGUAUUUUUCAGCCGGAGUCUGUAGAAGACUUGCAGAAGGUUAUUCCUAAAUUGGUAGAUGCCAAUGUCAGCUUUGCUGUGCGCUCAGGAGGCCACUCCCCGUCGCCUGGAGCUGCAAAUAUCGAUCAAGGGGUCUUAAUUGAUCUUUCGAAAUUCAAUGCCGUAGAAUACGAUGCUGAGAAUAAUGUGGCCAACAUUGGUGCUGGUCAAAAAUGGGAGAAUGUUUACAAGCAGCUUGAUCAAUUCAAUGUCACCGUUGUUGGCGGAAGAGUAUUAGAUGUCGGUGUAGGAGGGCUAAUUCUUGGAGGCGGCCUCUCCUAUUUGUCUGAUCUCUACGGUCUAGCUUGUGACAACGUGGUAGAAUUCGAGGUUGUUCUAGCUAAUGGGUCUUUCGUCCAUGCCAAUGCAAACACCAAUAAAGAUUUGUUUUGGGCUUUGAAAGGAGGAGCUUCCAAUUUUGGUAUUGUAACUACGUUCAAGCUCUCGACAUAUCCUGUCCAGCAAGUCUGGGGUGGAAUAAGAGGGUACACGCUGGCAGACGUUCCGGAACUACUUACUGCCGCCUUCAAGUAUCAAACAGCGCCAAAUAAGGACCCUUACGCAAAUCUGAUGCUCCAAGGGUUUCCUAUUAACGAGUCGUUUGGAGUUAUACUUAGCUUGAUCUACCUGAAGCCGGAGCCGAAUCCUAUAGCGUUCGAGCCGUUCUACCACAUCAACACUACAUUCGACACUACAGCGAUCAGUUCCUUCUCGGAAUUCCUUAGCGGACAAGCACAAGCACAGCUCCCACCGAGGAUCGAUUGGUUUACUACCACUUUAACCCCGAGCAAGGAGUUAUAUGACAAGAUUGGGUCUAUUGUAACUACAUCAAAGGCGCUAGACAAAAUCCGCUCGGCUACUGCGGGAUCUACCUCCUUCUCUAUACAGCCAAUAUCCAGCAGUGUCAUCGAGGCUGGUAACGCAAAGGGUGGUAACGCGUUAGGUUUAACGGCCGUCAACCAGACUUGGUUCAAAGUUGAUUCUGGCUGGUUGUGGCCAGAUGAUGAUGAUGUAGUACAUAGCGGCUCAACGCAGUUGAUCGAUGAGGUUCAAGCUGCCGCAAAGGAAACCGGUAACUCUCUACGGUACAUUUUCAUGAACGAUGCAAGCUGGGAUCAGCAAGUCAUCGACCAUUACGGCACAAAUAACGUUCGGAAGUUCCGGCGGAUACAACGUGAGUACGAUCCAGACUUGGUGUUCCAGAGGUUGGUCCCGGGGGGUUAUAAAAUCCCAUGA